AUGGAAACCAGAAUCAAUCGUAAACUUUCGAGUAGAGGAGGGGGAAGGCAGCGGGCGAAUUCGCGGGUGUCCCUAGAAACGCACGAGGCCGCUCUUAAAGCUAUUCGGGCGUUCCUCAAGGGUCGAACCUCAUACGAUGUCUUUCCAGUCAGCUUCAGGACAAUUGUGCUAGACAACAAACUAGAGAUCAAAAAGGCUCUGAAUGCCCUUCUUACUAACUCUGUUGUAUCAGCUCCCCUGUGGAAUGGCGAUACUGCUCGAUUCGCUGGAAUGUUCACGGUCCAGGACAUCAUACACCUUAUCCAAUACUAUUAUCUUCAUUACCAAAAUUUUUCUUAUGACACCGUUGGCCAUGAUGUUGAACAAUUCCGGCUAGAAUCCUUGCGAGAAAUUGAAAGAGAUCUGGGUGUACCCACUCCUCCACUAAUCUCCAUACAUCCAAUGAAACCUCUAUGGGAUGCCUGCCAGCUCCUCAUCUCUACGCACGCGAGACGACUUCCUCUUCUGGACAUUCAACCUACUGGUGAAGAAGUUAUCUUGUCUGUUUUAACUCAAUAUCGUGCGCUCAAGGCGAUAGCUACUAACGUCAAAGAAAUUGUACACCUCCAAAUGUCCCUCAAAAAUCUGGGUAUUGGCACGUACCGCAAGGAGCCCACGUCAGAAAAUCCGUACUUCCCUAUUGCUACAGCCACCAUGAAGACCACCGUUUUUGACGUCGUUCACAUGUUCAGUAACCUGGGUAUAAGUGCUGUUCCUAUAGUUGACGACGAAGGCAUUGUCGUCAAUCUUUACGAGACGGUAGACGUGAUUACACUUGUUCGGUUAGGUGUCUACCAACACCUUGACCUCACCAUCGAAGAAGCCCUGGAAAGACGGCCACAGGAUUUCCCCGGUGUCAUCACCUGCACAGGGAAGGACACCUUGUAUUCUCUCCUAAAGCUCAUAAGAUUGCGACGGGUCCAUCGGCUUGUGGUGAUCGAGGGCGAAGAAGGGCGAAAAGGCCGACUCGCUGGAAUCAUAACACUGAGCGACAUACUACGGUAUGUCAUUGGCACCGAGUCAAUUCCCCAACCUACCGCCGUGCAAUCGCACACAUCCGCCCCAUCGACCAGUACAUCAACGGCCGAUACUCCUGGCUCCGCCGGGCCGAGUUCAUAA